AGGUACGCGACUCGAUAUCCACUCGUCGUCGUCGUCGUCGUCGUUCGGUUGCAAAUCAGCAGUUGCUCAUAGGUUAUGCGCGACAGUAUACCUAUAUGAUAUAACAGUAUUUGUGAAUUAUAAUACAUUACGAUAUAAUUUAUAUUGGGUAUUUGGUUACUUAAACGCGAAAUCCCGUUGCAAUUGUUGUGCUUGUAGCAAAACAGUGAACCCAAUAUUGGCCGACCAUCAUGUACGCUUUGCAAACAGUCGGCAGCACGACCAGCUCCGUCAAAGAUGACACGGAGGUGUUGGAAUUGGACGAUGUUGGAAACUCGAUAGUCGAGCAGAUCAUCAGCAACAGCAACGCCGUCAAACGCUCGGGGAACCUGACAGCAAAUGGCUAUCAAUCUUCUCAAACUCACCCAGCGAUACAUAAUUACGAGCGAAACAACGUCCACAAAGAUCACAUUGGUUUGUGUUAUUGGACGAUAUUUCAAGCGGUUGGACUUACGUGCGUCGCCACAAUUAUUUGUCGAUCCGUCAUAUAUCAACACGGAUUUUUCGAUGUGUCUUCUAACAAGAACUCAACGUCCAUUACUAGAAGCCAAUUUUGUAAUUGGCAUUACUCACUUAGCACACUUGGAUUCAUUUACCUCUAUGCCAACUCGAUUUUUAUGAUAAAAUCACACAAAUCAAAAGUGUCGCUGCCGUACGUGAUGUUGCACACGUUCGCGUACCUCGUGUCAGCAUUGGGGCUGUGCGCCAUGUACGUGCACAAGGAAAUUGGCAAGCCCGAGGGCAGCGCGUUUUACGAGGGCCAUUUAUACUCAAUACAUUCUUGGACCGGUGUGUUGGCGGCCGCCCUGUUCACGGCCCAAUGGCUGUCCGCCGCCGCCACGUUCAUAAUGCCGUGUCUGAACAGCAUAGGGUUACCACUGGGCAAGAUGUUCAGCCUGUAUACCACCAUUGUGUCGACCAUCUGCCUCAUAGCCGGAGUUAACCAACAUGCCAUGAAGACAGCAAACGAUUACAGAACAUAUUCAAUCGAGUCAUUAAUUUUGAACGGGUUUGGAAUGCUUGUUAUAGUAUUUUUAUUUUUAAUUACUUACAUGGUCAUAAAACCGAACAGAAAUUAAAUGUUUUAAUUUAUUUUGGACAUGACGUACCUAUGUAUUAAAUACAUACUAAAUUGUAAUUAAUAUGUUUUAUUGUAUUAAUGUACAAUGUUAAAAUGUAUUCAUAUAAAUAAUAUAUACUUUGUAGUUAGGAUUAAAUAUACUUGUGUGCAAAGAAAGUUACUUUUUAUGCAUCUUCAUUAAAAUUAAAUUAUAUUGUUA